AUGAGAGACUCAUCUGUCUACUCUAUACCAACAAGUACCCCCUACAUAUCAACUAUGAAAUUAACACCUACUGCUGUCUAUACGGCUCCUGAUUUUGAAAAACCUAAAGAAUUCCACCCUGGUGAUGGUCCACAUACAACAUAUGGUCAAACAAAUCAGAUAUCAGAUAUAGUUAUUAAUGCCGGUGGUGAAGAUCGAGAUAAACCAAGUCAACAUAAUGAUACAGUAUUGGGUAAUUUACGAGCUGAAGUGACUACUCUACAAGAUCAAAUAAAUAUAUUCUUAACUGAAAGAAUGCAAUUAGAAAAUAAUAAAGCGAAAAGUGAUAAAGAAGAACAAGAUGUUGAAAGAAGAAUUCUAGAUGAAGGUGUUGAUGAAGAGGAAAGUGAUUAG